UUUUUUUUUUGCUUGUUAAAAGCGCUCGUUUUUUGUUAAAGACACGCUGUCGCUUGCUUUGCUCCCUCUCUGCUACUAGGAAGUAAAGUCUCUCGACAAGAAUCCGUACCGCGCGCGGCUUUUUUAAUAGAAAAAGGAUUUGUUUCGCACUUUUACCUUUCCUUUGUCCUGUUUUUGUUAACUUUUAAAGUUGAGUAUUCUACUUUUGAGUAGAAGACGACGGUUACCUUUGUUUUAAUUUUUUUUUUUUUUCUUAUUAUUAUUAUUUAUUUGAUUGAAAUUAUGGCUUUGUGUUCUCAAGCUUUUUCAACCUCAAAUAAACGUAGUUGCACCUUGAAUACCGGGUUUGAGUCAAGUCCUGCUAAGAAGAUAUGCUUGUCAAAAUUGAGAUCGGGGUCUGAUUCAAAGAAUCACCGCGUCACCAUUGCAUCGAAUCCAGCAUUUCAAUUUCCAGUUUCGACCCGUACCGCUAACGGUGCUGCUCACAAUAACAAGGUUGUGUACUCGUCCUCGGAAAAUGAUGAUGAUUCCGAUGAUGAACAGUCUUGCUACAACGCCGAUCAAAUCAAAGCUAAAAGAAGAGCCUCCUCCAGGGUUUCUUUUUCGUUGAAUACUAAUUCUGCUUUAUCCAAGGCCAUUUCCAAGUAUUCGGAUGAUGAUGACGAUGAUGAAGAUUCAUCGAUUAACAAUAAUACUCAUCAUCCAAUUGUAGAUGGUGAUGAUUGUUCUGAUAAUAUUGAUUGUAAAUUAUCAUCUCCAAUUAAUAAUUCUACAAUCAAUAUUAAUCCUGCUGCUCCAAUUAAUCAGGGUUUCAAUAUCUCGGAUCAUUCCAAUCAACCUUUGAAAAAAUCAAUUCCCGAAUCAGAUAAACAUUCAAGAUCAAAAUGCUUUGAAUAUUUGGUGGGGGCCAUUGAUGAAGCCUGGGCUAGAUAUUGUGAUGCUACUACUUAUGUGGAAGAUGAAACUUAUGGUUAUAAUACUCCAAAUUCAGUGGCUACUGAUGAUGAAGAUUAUUUUGGUAACACCACUGAUUUUACCGAUUAUGAUUCUGAAUUUGAACAUCAUCAUUCUAAAUCUUCAAAACCUCAUUUAUAUACCCCAGCCACCUCUCCUUCCACUCCUUUAUCCAACUCUUCUAAAGAUCCUUCUUCUUGUCAAUUACAAGCUUUGAAAGAUCGUUUAACCAAGGCUAAAUAUUUCUUACAAGAUUUGGUUGAUUCGGAUGAUUGUUUGGAUGCUAGCGCUUUUUGGAAACGUUGGGAUAUGAUUAAAUACGCUACCAUUGAAUUGGUUGAAGAUGACGAUGAUGACGAUGUCGUUGAAUCAACCAUUGAUGAAUUAGAAGAUGGCCGCUUGUUUGCUAACUAAUCAAGUUGAUGUCUUGAUUCCACCGGCCCUUUUG